UGAGUCAAACGCGAUGGCGAAAAGAUGAUCAUCAUCAUCGGCGUAUAAAAACGAACAUCCCGUUUUGGCGAGAGAUCAGUACCCAAAACUCAAUAAGUGAGAGUGUUCAAAAAAAAAAAAAAGAAAAAACGAGGUGUGCCACAAGACAUUUUUUUUUUGUUAAAUAUUAGGCCAUAAUGUCUCCACUAAUAUUAGUGGGGAUAACACUCCUCACGAGUGUCCUUGCGGACGUGAGUCACGUCCUACAAGGGCAAGCACAACCUCCCACAGACCCCCACGAGAUCAAUGGGGCCUUCGCUGAGAAGACCUCAAAAGAUUUCUGGUGGAUGCAAGACGAUAGUCCCUUGAAAGCUUCGUAUGAGUAUUAUAAGAAGUGUGCUGCUACAGGUAAAUGUCCUUCGGGAUCAAUCGAUCUGCAAAAGAAUGUCUUCCUUAACGGAGGUAUCGCCUCCUCAGAAGGAUCAGCCUCGUUCUCAGAAAGCGUCUCAGCAUCAGGUGGAGAAACCGAGUCGGUCCACAGUGAUCUGAGCAACAAUCCUUUCUUAAAAGGUCAAUUUGCGCAUGCCGCCAAUGGGGAUUUAAUCCGUAACGAGAACGGCUUUAUCGGGGUACAGCCCCGGAUCCCGUUUAAAAACAACCAGAAGUCACGCAAUGACGCUGUUUCAGGGUCUAAAGGAUGUACGGGCGCAUGCGUCACCAAGGAGGAAUGCGUCAACGGAGUCGCCAAGGAGGGUGCCCCAAGGAGUAACGGUAAAUCAUGCGCGGCAAACGAAAUUUGUUGUCAACUAUCUGGUGGCAAGAGCACCUUGGCAGAUCACAUUAACCAACUGGUAUUUUCACCUGGAAAAUCAAAGAUUGCUGGAAAAGAUGGUUUAACUCCAGAGCAAGUUCAAAUCAUUCAUUCUGGGCAAGAAGGCAUCAGAAUCCAACCUAACGCUAUCGGUGAAUUCGAAGGUUCUUCCACCAUUAAACCAGUUAGAGAUGUAACAGCUGCAGGUGGUCCAGUGUUUUCAAGCACGCCAGAUUAUUCGGAUGUUCACUUCGGUAGCGAAGCCCGGUUUUCAAACCUUGACGGUCUAGACUACUUGCCCCCAGUUCCUGGUACCCUACCCACCCCUAAGCCCCCGGCGCCAACAUGCCCACCAGGGCAAUACGUUAACAACUAUGGCAGAUGCGAGAGCAUUAGAACCGAAUGUCCACCUGGCACGCGAGCAACUCCCUCUGGCGGUUGCGAAAAACUUAAAGUCGAAUGCCCGCCAGGGCAAAAACCCGGAUCGUUCGGCGGUUGUGUGCCAAUUCCACCGCCUCCACCACAAUGUCCCCCAGGUCAAAAACUAGGCCCGUAUGGAAGCUGCGUCCCUCUACCGCCACCGCCAACCCAGCCACCAACUCGUCCACCACCCCCACAAUGCCCUCCAGGUCAAAAACCGGGACCCUAUGGAGGCUGCGUACCUCUACCCCCACCGCCAACUCGUCCACCACCACCUCAAUGUCCUCCAGGUCAGAAACAAGGGCCAUAUGGAGGUUGUGUGCCAAUAGCACCACCAACUACUACCGAAAAACCGUAUUGCGGAGCAGGCGAACGCGAGGGACCAAAUGGCCAAUGCAUUCCGAUUCAAAAAUGUAGACCGGGACAAAGAGAAACUCCAUUUGGAACGUGUGAAGAUAUCGCAACAAGACCACCGCCACCACAAUGCCCACCUGGUCAAAAACCAGGACCUUACGGGGGUUGUAUUCCACCACCACCACCACCUCCAACUCGUCCUCCACCUCCACAGUGUCCUCCCGGACAGAAGCAGGGGCCAUAUGGAGGUUGCGUCCCAAUUGCACCCCCGACCACUACAGAAAAACCAUAUUGUGGAGCAGGCGAACGUGAAGGACCAAAUGGCCAAUGUAUUCCAGUAGCGAGAUGUAAACCUGGUCAAAGAGAAACUCCUUUCGGUACUUGCGAAGAUAUCGCUACUAGACCUCCACCACCACAAUGCCCUCCUGGUCAGAAACUGGGACCUUAUGGAACUUGUAUUUCACCGCCUACUCAGCCUCCCACCCGUCCACCGCCACCACAAUGCCCUCCUGGACAAAAACCAGGACCCUACGGAAGUUGUAUUCCACCACCCCCACCUCCAACCCGUCCCCCACCUCCACAGUGUCCUCCUGGACAGAAGCAGGGACCAUAUGGUGGGUGCGUCCCAAUUGCACCCCCGACCACUACAGAAAAACCAUAUUGUGGAGCAGGCGAACGUGAAGGACCAAAUGGCCAAUGUAUUCCAGUAGCGAGAUGUAAACCUGGUCAAAGAGAAACUCCUUUCGGUACUUGCGAAGAUAUCGCUACUAGACCACCUCCAACUAGACCUCCACCUCCACAAUGUCCCCCUGGUCAGAAACUGGGACCUUAUGGAACUUGUAUUCCACCACCACCACCACCAACCCAGCCUCCAACUCGUCCUCCACCUCCACAGUGUCCUCCUGGUCAAAAACAAGGGCCAUAUGGAGGUUGCGUCCCAAUUGCACCCCCGACAACUACAGAAAAACCCUAUUGUGGAGCAGGCGAACGUGAGGGACCAAACGGACAAUGUAUUCCAGUAGUAAGAUGUAAACCGGGACAAAGAGAAACUCCUUUCGGUACGUGUGAAGAUAUUGCCACUAGACCACCUCCAACCCGUCCACCACCGCCACAAUGCCCUCCUGGUCAAAAACUAGGACCUUAUGGUACUUGUGUUCCACCGUCAACUCAGCCUCCAACUCGUCCACCACCACCACAGUGUCCCCCUGGUCAAAAACAAGGGCCAUAUGGAGGUUGCGUGCCAGUAGCCCCACCCACGACAACAACAGAAAAAUCAUAUUGUGGAGCAGGAGAACGCGAGGGACCAAACGGACAAUGCAUUCCAGUAGUGAGAUGUAAACCCGGACAAAGAGAAACUCCCUUCGGUACGUGUGAAGAUAUUGUCACUAGACCACCUCCAACUAGACCUCCACAAUGUCCUCCUGGUCAAAAGCUGGGACCUUAUGGAAGCUGUCAGCCAAUUACUCCUAGCUGUGGAUUCGGACAAAGACCCAGCGCUUCUGGAGGAUGUGAAGAUAUCCCGAGGACUCCAAUCACUACCGAACAGCCGGAAAAACCGUAUUGUGGAGCUGGUGAACGUGAAGGUCCUAACGGUCAAUGUAUUAAAAUUGAGACUUGUCCCCCAGGUUAUACUCAAGGACCAUUCGGCCAAUGUAUUCCUCCUCCAACGCAACCACCGACUAGACCACCGUCUCCGCAAUGUCCACAGGGUCAAAAACCGGGGCCUUAUGGAGGGUGUGUUCCGGUACAACCACCCACCCCACCACCAACUCGUCCAACAACAAAGUACUGUGCUAGUGGUCAAAGAGUGGGGCCUAAUGGAGAGUGCAUCGAUGUAACACCCGCACCUAGUUGUGGACCUGGACAAAAACUUGGACCUUAUGGCGGUUGCAUUGAUAUAACAAGACCAACGCCAGCACCAAGACCAACUUGCCCUCCCGGCUCGUUUCCAACAGCUUCUGGUGGCUGCCAACGCCCACCACCACCACCGCCACCACCAACUCAAGCGCCCACCAGAACUUGUCCUCCCGGCACCGUAAAAUCUCCUUCGGGACGUUGCGAAUCACCCCCGCCCCCACCAAGACCGAUCACUUGUCCACCGGGAAGUUAUUUAGGACCCUCCGGCACAUGCGUAAGACCCCCACCACCUUCAACCACCCCAGGAACCUAUCUUCCGCCUAAAACACCGUCAUCGCUGACUUCGCCGAGGCCCGGAUAUCAUUAUCCCACACCCACACCGAAAUUUACUGAGGGAGAAGAUAUCUAUGAUGUCAGCGAACCAGAUAGGACCGGUGAACCAGACAGUCACGUUCCAAGUUAUUUGAGGCCCAGCACAAACCGACCAUCUACAGAACGUCCUCCGAGGCCAACAUUACCCGUGAGGUCACCAACCAACCAUACCACCGGUGAGACCCAGCAUGACCAGGAUUUGAUUCCUGUCGGGUGUGCUGCCGCUUUAAAAUGUGUCCAGGAAAUCUAUUGUACCGUUGACGGAUUUAUCAGUCCCGUACCGGUGGUGUUGACUAAGGAGCAGGAGCUGUUGAGAGCUCCCACUACGGUUUGCAGAGACCUCGAAUCUGGAACUUUAGGAAAAUGUUGCAGAGACAAGGAUUACCAAGACGCUUGGCCCUCAGCGAAUUUGGUCGAUGGUGUCGAUGAUGGACAGUAUGCCGAGGAUGAUUCUAUAGGCCAGUACAAAGCCGAAUAUAACCGAUUCUCUGGGUCAGCUAAGGCCAAACGAUCCAGAACAAAACGACAGACAGAAGAAUGUGGAGUUAGAAAUAUCAACUCAACACCCCAAGGCCGUAUCCCCAUAGAUGCCGAUUUCGCGGAAAUAUCCUGGCAGGCGAUGAUCUUGAGACAGUCCAACCAGAGCCUGUUGUGCGGCGGCGCAAUUAUUGCCAAAAAUGCCGUUUUGACGGCCGCGCAUUGCGUCGAAGGUCUGGAAACAUCCGAUAUCUUGACCAAAGGGGGCGAAUGGAAACUAGGAAUCGACGAGGAGCCUUUACCGUUCCAAAUAGUGAAAGUGGCCGCGAUAGCGAGACAUCCCGACUUUAAGGCGGGCAAUUUACAAAACGACUUGGCCGUAUUGGUGUUGGAGGAAAACUUUCGGUUUACGAAGAAUAUCGGGUCGAUUUGUUUGCCGCAACCGAAUUUGAUACCUACGCAAAACUGUUUAGCCACCGGAUGGGGAAAACGGAUUUUACAACUACAUGCGAAGAAUGCCCUCAUGCACAAAAUCGACGUAAACGUAAUGGAAGUGGCUCAAUGCCAACAAGUAUUAAACGAGCACUUUACCAACAUGGUUCCCAACUAUAACACAAACACUUUAUGUGGGUUCUCCAAUACGGAUCAAUGUAAGGUUGACUAUGGUAGCGCAAUGGCCUGCGCAGACGAAUCGGGCCGUUACACAUUAAGCGGCAUCUACACUUGGGACACCGGAUGCAAACAACAAGGUCAAAUCGGAGGUUAUGUAGCUCCGGACGUAGAUUGGAUCGACAACGUGCUCGCCACACCGAUCAAAACCCUGAAGAGGUUCGAUAGGGAAUACAACACUGCCAGGCUACAAGCGGUAGCUUAAAAACGAAAUGUGACUUAUUUAGUGAUAUAUAUGAUAUAUUUUAAAUAUUAGAGAUUUUAUAUUAAUUAUUGUAAAAAGUGUCGAAAGUUAAAAAAUAGUGUAUAUUUUCAUUCUAAAAGUGACCUCACCUUAAUAACUCGAAAAUGCUCAAUAAAUAAAAGUGUUGUUGCACCAGUUUUAAGGAAACGUAGUGUACAGAAAUAGGGUAAUUUAUAAUUGUUAAUAAAAUAGGCUUUAAACAUU